AUGCCCUCCAUGUUUGAACGUGAUGCCAAGAAGGUAGUCAAAGAGCUGGGGAAGAGGGAUCUCAUACCCGUCCAGAGUCUUCUCACCUCUCCUCGAUUCCACCCCUUCUGCCUGAUUCGGAAGAAGGAAAAAAAAUUUCCCUGGUUCUUUGAACCUACCUUCUUGGAUACAUAUUUCUCCCUCAUGGACAUCUUGGAGCCAAGUUCCUCAGUCCCAGAAGUGACGUCAAGCAAACCCCUCCAUUUCUAUGAAACAGAGUAUACGGAGUUACAGGGAAAUAUGGAUCUGAAUGUGACCCGUGAGGUGCAGGGGAAGGUGACAGGGGCUACCACAUCAUCCCACAACUUGGCUCUGAAGCUACAGAUCCUCACUGUUGUCCCACAAAUCUGGGAGACCUUGAUGGAGAGAAAAGUGAAGUCAAAGCACUCCUUCCUUCAAGAGGUGCAAAAUCGUGGGGAAAAACUUUACGUGGUGGCAGAGGCUGUAGAGAUCAUAGAAGAUACAAUUCUGAUGCAAUCCAACAAAAAUGAAGGCUCAAUACAGGCAUCCCUGGGACAACUAUCUUCUCUCCCAGGCAUUAACUUCAAGGGCGAAGGUAAAGGUCAAACAGAUGGAAAAAAGGGAGUGAGUGUUAACCAGGGCUACAUCGUGGCUUUUCGAGCUCUGGAGCUCUUCAUUCACAAUGAUAAAUGGAUGGAAGAAUUCUACAUUGAUAGAUUGACUGGGAAACAUAUCUAUGCUCCAACAAAUUUUGAGGAAUUUCAGGAAAUGAUGAUAAGGGAGCAAGAAGCUCUUCUCAAAGGGUCCAGAGAGCUCCGGGUCACACUGCUCCAUGUAAUCCAAAAUAUACUAGGAAACAGGAAGGCUCUACACGACCUGGAGGACAUGCUGGAUCAGGUGCCAGACAUGAGAGAGAAGGGGCAAUUGGAAGGCCCUGGGGUCUGCAUCCUAAAACACCUACAAGACAACUCAGGAGAUGCAUCCAACCAACAGACAGAGAGCAUCCUCUACUUCCUCGGCGCACUAAUGAUCCUGACUGACACUCAGCAAGAGCUGCUGGCCCAGUCCCUGGAGAAGAGGAUCCUGCCUCAGCAGCUGGAACUGGUGAGAAAACCCAGGGAGACCACAAUCUUGGAGAGGGUGAUGAGGAGUCAAGGGAGGGAGAGGAGGAGGGUAAUAGAAGAAAUGAUGGCAGGUGGCGCUAAUUUCAAAUCUUCUUGA